AUGGAUCUCGUACGCCGAGCUCAGAGAUACGUGCCCUUGGGGCGAACGCCCCAGUUGCCUUCUACCGAUGAAAAGGGUCGCGCUCAACGCCCCAAACUCUUGCCCGGUCUGGCCUUCUUCAAGCGACCCCUCCGCUUAAGAGGCAACUCGACCAUCUCGGUGCCCCUGGGCGUCGUCAUUCUCUUCCCCUGCAUCGUCGUCGUCCUCAUCCUGCUGCUCUUUGUCAGGCACCCCAGCUCCCCGGGCAGGAUCCUCAUGCCCGCCGGAGCACCUCCCGCCAUCAGGAAAAUCAGCGAAGAGCACGACAAGGUCUUCGUCACCGGCUGCCUCGAGCCCAAGACCGACACCCCCCGUGCCAAGGCUGCCUUUGUCGUUCUCGCGCGGAACAAGGAGCUCGACGGCGUCAUCCAGUCCAUCAAGUCCAUCGAGCGCCAUUUCAACAGGUGGUACCACUACCCCUAUGUCUUUCUCAACGACGGCGAGUUCAACGAGACCUUCAAGGCCGUCGUCACCAACUACACCUCGGCUCCUUGUGAGUUUGGCGUCGUCGGCCCCGACAUGUGGGGAUAUCCCGACUGGAUCGACCACAAGGUCGCCAAGGAGGGCAUUGCCAAACAGGGCGACGCCGCCGUCAUGUAUGGCGGUCUCGAGAGCUACCAUGCCAUGUGCCGCUUCUACUCUGGCUUCUUCUACAAGCACCCUCUUCUGGCCAAAUACGAAUGGUACUGGCGCCUUGAGCCCGAGAUCAAGUACUUUUGCGACAUCACCUAUGACCCUUUCCUGAAGAUGAUCGAGCAUAACAAGACGUACGGGUUCACCAUCGCCGUCAAGGAGCUCCGCGAGACUGUCCCCAACAUCUUCCGCUAUGCCUCCGCCUACAAGCGCCUGAAUAACAUCACUUCCCAAGGCCUCUGGGAGAUGUUUGUCGAGCCCAAGCCGGAGAAGGCCAAGCCUGCCGAUCUCCCCGAGGACGCGCUUCCUGACGAGGUCACCCGCAAUGACCCCAACCGCAACACCCCUAUCGAGAUCGAUCCCGAGGCGAUGGAGGGUGAGAAGUACAACAUGUGCCAUUUCUGGUCCAACUUUGAAAUUGCUCGCCUUAGCUGGUUCCGCAGCAAAGAAUACAAUGACUUUUUUGAGAUGAUGGAUCGAAGCGGUGGUUUCUGGAUGGAAAGGUGGGGUGAUGCGCCCAUCCACUCCCUUGCUGCCGGCGCUCUGCUUGCCCCCCGCGACAUCCACUACUUCCGCGACUUUGGAUACCGACACACGACUAUCCAGCAUUGUCCCGCCAACGCCCCAGCGCGUCAGCUGCCCCGCGAGCCCUUCCUCGAGACUACGACGACGGACGAGCGCAAGCGUCUCGAGGAAGAUCAGUACUGGGAUCAGUUUGACCCACCCAAGGAGAACGGCGUGGGCUGUCGCUGCCGCUGUGAUACAGACAUUGUCGAUGUGGAGGGCAAAGAAGGCAGCUGCCUGGCUGAGUGGGUUGAUGUUGCUGGUGGCUGGGCAAGUCCUUGA